CAACGUCAUUGCUUUGUCGGAGUAGGAAAGCCAAGUGGGAUUUUAUGACGCACUUUAGUGCUGCGUGCGCGUUCUCUUUUCGUUACGUUCGCGAUCGACUGAAAUUCAAGCAACCAAAAAGAGCCCAUCAUGGUCAACGAACAGAAGGACAUGUCCAAGAAUGUGGAUGCCAAGAAGACGGACGAAAAAGAGUCCGUUAACUCGGCCACCAAAGAGAAAAACGAUAAAAAGGAACAACAAGAAGAAUUGUCUGAAGAAGAUCAGCAGUUGAAGAGUGAGCUCGAGUUAUUGGUGGAACGAUUACAAGAGGAUAAGCGAGAACUUCAUCGUCCCGCCUUGGAACAACUCCGUACUUUAAUUCGUACAUCCACCAGCUCCAUGACCUCUGUGCCAAAACCGCUCAAAUUCUUGAGCCCUCACUACAAUUUGUUGAAAGAAGUGCAUGCCAAAUGGUCGGAUUCACCUGACAAGCGAUUGUUUGCAGAUAUUCUUUCCGUCUUGUCAAUGACCUAUGCCGAGGAAGGUCAGCGAGAAUGUUUACGAUAUCGAUUUAUUGGUUCAACCGAGGAAGAUAUUGGAUCCUGGGGUCACGAAUACGUUCGACAUCUUUCGGGCGAAAUUAUGCAAGAGUAUGAAGCUCGCACCGAAAAGGACGAAACAACCGAUGACUUGAUCGCCUUGGCUCUCGAGAUUGUUCCUUUCUUUCUUCGACACAACGCAGAAGCUGACGCUGUCGACUUGUUGCUCGAGCUCGAGUCGAUUACUGAAUUACCACGCUUCGUCGACAAGGAUACAUACGAACGUGUUUGCUUGUACAUGGUUGGCUGUGUGAAUCUGCUUGCACCUCCUGACGAUAUUCAAUUCCUUCGAACUGCUCGCGCCAUCUAUCGUCAACAAGAAAAAUAUCCUCAAGCUCUGAUCUUAUCCAUCCGUAUGGGUGAUCACGAGCUGAUCAAUGAAGAUUUCAAUUCUUGCAAUGAUCCCACUUUGAAGAAACAGAUGGCUUUAUUGCUUGCUCGCCAGCAGAUCCACAUCGAGACAGAAGACACAGAGAUUGAAGAAUGUCUGAGAAACACCCAUCUUUCACGUUACUUUAUCUCGUUAGCCAAGGAAUUGGAUGUUAUGGAACCAAAGACCCCUGAUGAUAUCUACAAGAGCUAUUUGGAAAAUCAUCGAACUGCAUUCACUGCCAAUGUUGAUUCUGCACGCAACAACUUGGCAUCAACAUUUGUGAAUGCCUUUAUCAAUGCCGCUUUUGGCAGAGAUAAACUGAUGAUCCCUGAUGAAGAAGCCUCUUCGUCCUGGAUUUAUAAGACAAAGGAGCAUGGCAUGAUCAGUGCUACAGCCUCUUUGGGUCUUAUUUCUCUGUGGGAUAUUGAAGUUGGUUUGUCCUUGAUCGAUAAAUACAUGUACUCCAACGACGACAAUAUCAAGGCUGGUGCUCUUUUGGCUAUCGGUAUCCUCAAUUCCGGUGUUCGUGAGGAAUCUGAUCCUCCUUUGGCACUCUUGUCCGACUCCAUCGAGACUGGUAGUGUGUGCGUCAAGCAGGCGGCCAUUUACGGUCUUGGUUUGGCUUACGCCGGUUCUGGUCGUGAAGAACUUUUGGAGUUACUUUUACCGCUUGUCAGUGAUACUUCCUUGUCGAUGGAAUUGUCAUCCAUGGCGGCUUUGUCGCUAGGCAUGGUCUUUGUUGGCUCUUGCAACGGUGAUAUCACAAGCACAAUUCUUCAGACCAUGAUGGAACGUGAAGAUGUGCACCUUAAAGAUACAUGGUCUCGAUUUAUGGCACUUGGUCUGGGUCUUCUUUUCCUUGGAAAGCAAGAUGCAUCCGAUGCUACUUUGGAAACCCUCAAAGCCAUUGAGCACCCUAUUGGCAAACAAGCUGAAGUUUUGGUUGAAAUCCUUUCAUUUGCUGGUACCGGCAAUGUACUCAAAGUGCAAAAGAUGCUCCACAUUUGCAAUGAUCACGUGGAUAAAGAAAAGGAAGACGAUUUGCAUCAAGGCUUUGCCACCAUUGGUGUCGCGUUGAUUGCCAUGGGCGAAGACAUUGGCUCGGAAAUGUGUCUGCGAACAUUCAACCAUUUGAUGCAUUAUGGCGAACCUGUGAUUCGUCGUGCUGUGCCACUUGCUUUGGGCUUAUUAUGUGCCUCCAAUCCUCUUGUGAAUGUCCUUGACACACUGAGCAAAUACUCUCACGAUAACGACGGUGACGUUGCCAUCAGUGCCAUUUUUGCCAUGGGUCUCGUGGGUGCUGGUACAAAUAAUGCUCGUCUGGCACAAAUGUUUAGACAAUUGGCCAGUUUCUAUCACAAGGAUGCUUCUACACUUUUCAUGGUGCGCAUCUCUCAAGGUCUGUUACAUAUGGCCAAGGGAACCAUGACCUUAAAUCCUUUCCACACCGACCGACAAAUCAUGUCUCCCGCAGCCGUGGCGGGCUUGAUGACAAGCAUCAUCACCUUUACAGAUUAUAAAUCAUUCAUCUUUGGCAAAUGGCAUUAUAUGCUGUACUCUUUGGUGACAGCCAUGUAUCCUCGCUUCUUGAUUACAUUUGAUGAAAAUCUCCAGAAUUUGCCCGUCACUGUGCGCGUUGGUCAGGCUGUGGAUGUUGUUGGUCAGGCCGGUCGACCCAAGACAAUCACUGGAUUCCAGACUCACUCUACACCCGUAUUGCUUGCUCAUUCUGAACGAGCCGAAUUAGCGACAGAAGAAUAUAUUUCCUUGGCCCCAGUUUUGGAGGGUAUUGUGCUGCUACGAAAAAAUCCUGAUUAUAUGGACGAAGAUAAAGAAUAAAUAAACAAGUCAUCUCCUUUUUCAUGUAAUACAAUGCAAUUAGCAUUGUAUUUUAUAAAAAAAAGCAUAUGUGUCCCUCAAGCUGGCGAUG